GAAAGGUGAUGUCAAACAUUUUCUUUCUUAUUACCGAGUUUCAAUCAAGUAAGCGGGGUAGGUGAAAAGAAAGUCAGCAUUGCGUGUAUCUGCGGUGAUGGCACUCCGAAAUGCGAGUCUGUUCUCCAAAUCGGCGUCAGUGCCGUUGGCGGAUAAUCGAUUCCAAGUAAAAUUGGAUGCUUGUUCUCCCUGCCGCUUCUCUUUUCCGGCAAAAGUCUUAUCUUUUCCGGUAAAAGUGGGUUACAAGCAGAGGCAGUUAGCGGUGAGAGCUGUAGAUCACAAGAGCAACGGCGGUGGCGGAGAUGCCAAGAAGGGUGCAGUCCCCAACUCUAAUUACGUGGUACCACUCGAUAAAUCUGCAUCCUGCAUCACUCGUCCACUUGCCGAGAUCCUCCGAGAUCUCAACAAGAGAAUUCCUGAUAACAUCCUCAAACCCAACUCCAAAAUUAUUCCAUGGUACCACGCUAAUCGAAUGUUGAGUUUCUAUGCUCCAGGCUGGUGUGGAGAAGUACGUGAUGCUAUCUUCUCUGAUGAUGGAAGUGUAACAGUUGUCUACCGUGUCACUAUAAGAGGAUCUGAUGGAGAGGCAUAUCGUGAAGCUACUGGAACAAUAUUGUCUAAUGACCCAAGUACUGCCGACCCAGUUGCUGCCGCAGAAGAGAUUGCUUUUGUCAGGGCCUGUGCUCGUUUUGGGCUUGGCUUGUAUUUAUAUCACGAGGAGUAAAAUCCAUUCUCCCCCUGUCUAUUUUGGAUUUUGAUGUACAUACAAUCAUGUCUACGUAAGGACCUGCACAUGACAUAUUAUUCGUGUGGACAUUGAAUGAGUAUCAGGUUAACGCUUGAUGCCUUUGAAAGUAAAGCCAAGCAAUGAGUUCAUGAUAAGUACAAGUUAGUUAGUAUUCCCGUUUUUGGGAGAUAUCAGAGGUUAUAUUGUCAAAUGACAUUUUCGGAAGUAGUUUGGUUGGAUAGACUUACCCUUGUUUAUUUAAAAA